GAAAAAAAGAAAAAAAAAGAAGACUGACCUGAUUCAUUGCCAUUCUGCAACAAACUCACACUCAGUCUACAUUUGCACAUUGAAUAAUCUCAUCCUUGAUUUUUUUAAUUGACCAAUAGUCACAUAGUUUAUUGAAAUACACCAAAGCCAGUGUUGGAAAUGCAAGGGUGUUAUACUACAAGUAUACUUUAGUCUUCACUUUCUCAAAAGUUCAUUGUUCCUUUCUCUCCAUAUUAGUCAAAAGUAUUCCAAUUCUUUCUCCUUACUGGAUUGAGCUUUAUCAUCUUCCAAAACCUGCCAUUGUUUCUAUAUAAUCUGAUCUUAAGUUGAUGGCUUAUACUGCUGUAAUUUCUCUACUUCAAACUAUUGAGCAACUUCAGCAGAGGAAUCCACUACUAAUACAAGGUCAAACUGCUCAAAUAAUCGAAUCUCUUCGUGAUACUGCGGAAUAUUUUCGAAAAACUCUUGAAGAAACUAGCAAAAUCAAGGUUGACCCUGCAAUGAUGAAAUAUUUGGAAGGAAAGAUAAGGGCUGCUGCUAAUGAAGUAGAAGAUGUUGUUGAAUUAAAGAUUUGUCAAAUCAAAGGCUUAUCCUGGAUAAUUGGAGUGGCACGCGAAGUUUUACUAAAAAACUUGCUACCAUCAGUGGAAAAGAUCGAGGCAACAAAGAUAGAAGUGGUGCAGAUUGUUUCUGAUUUUAGCAAAAAUGAGCCUGCUAAUGAAACUCAAACCAGGAAUUCCUUGAUUGGUUCUUCAUCAAGAAGUAAUGCCAUGCCAAAUUUGGGAGAUGCCAUAGUUGGUCUUGAUGAUGACUUGACAAAAAUGAUUGAGAGAUUGAUUGGAUCUCCCUCUGCUCUAGAAAUUGUCACAAUAUCAGGCAUGGGUGGGAUUGGCAAAACAACACUCGCUAGACAAGCUUAUGAUCAUCUUGCAAUCAGGUAUCAUUUUGACAUUCGAGCCUGGGUUACAAUAUCACAUGAAUUUCAUAUAAGAGAUGUGUUAUUAGCUUGUUUACAUUGCAUUUCCAUAACCUGCCACAAGAGUGAUCAGGAUCAGUUAAUUAAGUCGAUAGAUAACAUCUAUGACAGAAGUGAUGAUGAUCAGUUAGCUGUCCUACUGCAAAGAAAAUUAAAGUGUCGAAGAUACCUUCUUGUUGUUGAUGAUAUUUGGAGUAUGGAUACUUGGGAUACUAUGACAAGAAUAUUUCCUGAUGACGAUAAUGGAAGUCGAAUCCUAUUAACAACUAGGCAAAAAGAAGUGGCUAUAUAUGCAAAUCCUGAUAGCCCUCCACACGAAAUGAACCUCUUGACAUUAGAUGAAAGUUGGAAGUUACUUCAUGAUAAGGUGUUUGGAGCAGAACAUCUUGACGUUCCUAAGUUGGAGGACAUUGGGAAGCAAAUAGCAGAGAAAUGCCAAGGACUACCCUUAACUAUUUUAGUGAUCGCUGGACAUCUCUCUAACAUAGCUAGGACGUUAGAAAGUUGGGAGGAUGUUUCCAAAACUAUAAGUGCAAUAGUAGCUAGCGAUCCAGAUAAAUGCUUAGGAGUGCUCGGUUUAAGUUACAAUAACUUGCCUAAUCAGCUCAAACCUUGCUUCCUUUCUAUGGGUGCUUUCCCUAAGGAUUUUGAAGUUGAUGCUUGUAGAUUGAUCCAGUUAUGGAUCGCCGAGGGUUUUAUAAGGACUGAAAGGCGUAAAAGCUUGGAGGAAGUAGCAAAAGAUUAUUUGGAGGAUCUCAUCACUAGAAACUUGAUAAUGGUUAGAAGGCGAAGAUGGAAUGGGGAGAUAAAAGCCUGUGGAAUGCAUGACCUACUGCGUGACUUCUGUUUGAGAGAAGCUGAAAUGACAAAGUUCAUGCACGUUAUGAGAACUGAUCCCCAAAUCCCUACUCUUGAAACAAGAAAGCAUGAUGUUCGUCGCUUCAGUUUCCAUACCAAAACUUACUCAAAUGAUUGCUUUAAGCUAUCGCCCGUUCUUGCCAGAUCUUUCUAUUUUUUUGGUGAAUUUAUAGUUUCUCCAUCACUUUCUCCAAAAUUUGACCUUCUUUCCCGCUUCAAGCUUCUCCGAGUAUUGGACAUCUUCCAUCAUAAGUUCUCUUCAUUCCCAAUUGAGAUGACAAAGUUAAUUCAUUUGAGAUACCUUGCAGUUGCAUCCGAGGGCAAUCUUCCUGCAUCAAUCUCAGAGCUUCAAAAUUUGCAAACAUUAAUUUAUAGGCAAAUAAGAAUGCACGACAGAGCUGCAAUUUUACCAGGUAAGAUAUGGGCAGUUACUAACUUAAGGCAUAUCCAUCUGGAGAAGAGCAGUUAUUUGUCCAGUCCUAAAAGUAUCACGAGAAUUCUUACAAGAAGGAUGGAUCAUGCCUUGGGGAUGUCAAAUCUAGAGGAAUUUUCUACUCUCUGUUUCUCCAGUUGUACAAGUGAAGUCUUUACCGGCAUUCCAAAUCUAAGAAGUUUGAGCAUUCGCGAAACUCCAUCAGAAAGCAGCAGAAAGCAUAUGCGCGAAUGCGUCAUUGAUAUGUCCACUUUGGGUAAUCUUGAAGCCCUAAAAUGCUUCUAUAAUCCACACUCUAAACAUUAUCAGCCGAACUGGAUCAAGAGGUUUGUUUUCCCUACAUCACUUAAGAGAUUAAACUUAAGCGGGAGUCAUUUUCCUUGGGAAGACAUAUCAAGUCUUGUUAUGUUGCCAAAUCUUGAAGAGCUCAAACUUAAGAGUAAUGCAUGCCACGGUGAAGUAUGGAGAUUAACUGAUGAAGAAAAGUUCAAAAAGCUUAAGUUCUUGCUAAUUAGUUGGACAAAUUUAAAGCAUUGGGAUGCUAGCAGUGAUAAUUUUCCUCAUCUACAACGCCUAGUUCUGAAGAAUUGCAUCUACCUGGAAAAAAUUCCAGAAGAUCUUGGGGAAAUUUGUCCUUUGGAGUCAAUUGAGUUACAUGAUUGCAGCACUUCUACUGAGGUAUCUGCCAGAAGAAUUAAAGAAGAACAAGAGAACUUGGGAAAUGAUAUCCUUAAGGUCCUCAUCAACAAAAGCCUCAUCCAAAAAACUAAGGAUUCCAGUCCAAUUCUUGAAAUCAAGCGGAAGUUUGAUGAGCAAGCAACUAAACUUUCUGGCAUGUGGGAUGUGCUUUUGGAUAAUAUUUUUGGAAGUGGCACUGCACAGUAA